AGAGAGAGAGAGUUACAUAUAUAAACAUAUAAUAUAAUACAACAACCAUCUCCACUGUGUAUUUGAAGCAUCUCUUCACCGUUUCUCUCAGUCGCAGCUCUACUCUGCAUUUUCUUCUCCAGUAAUCCGGUAUGAGAUUUUCUGGCGAUUUUUAAAUCGAUUUGAGCUGGAAGCUACGGGAAAACACGCAAUGGAUCAGAAAUCGUGGCUUUGGAAGAAAAGAUCUACCGAGAAGACCUUAGUUGCUGAUAAAGCAAGCAAUUCUUUGAGCAAACACGAAGAAGAUGAAGACGAAGAAGAGGAAGAAUUAAAUGAGGUACAGAAGCUUCUGAUUGAGAAAACAGAUCUAGAAACAAAUCUUCGAAUAUCGAAUGAAAAGCUUUCGUCUGCCCUUUCCGAGUGUAAUGCAAAGGAUAAUAUUGCGAAAAAGCAGGUGAAAAUUGCAGAGGAAGCUAUUGCAGGUUGGGAGAAGGCGGAGAUUGAGGCAAUAUCUUUGAAACAAGAACUCGAUAAGGUUUUACAACAGAAAGCUACUUCCGACGAAAGAAUAGGCCACUUGGAUGCCGCGUUGAAGGAAUGUAUGCUGCAGUUGCGUUUCGUACAGAAAGAGCAGGAUAAGCGAGUUCAUAGUGCAAUGGUGAAAAGAUCGGAUGAGUUUGAGAAAAUAACAAUUGCGUUAAAUGAAAAGUUAGCAGACUCGGGUAAGAGGCUCGCGAAAUUAGAUGCUGAGAAUACUCAGUUAAGUAAAGCUCUAUCAGGAAAGGAGAAGGUGAUUGAGGAUUUAAGCAAGUACAGAACUCAAAUCGAGGCUGAUUUUAGUGCUCUUAUGUCGAGAGUAGAAUCCACCGAAAAGGAAAACGCUUCUCUGAAAUACGAGCUUCGUGUUCUUGAGAAGGAGCUUCACAUUCGGAAUGAAGAAAGAGAAUAUACUCGCCGAAUGGCCGAUUCUGCCCAAAGAGCGAAAUUGGAAACGAGUGUCGAACCGUGUAAAUACUUACAUUUCUUGCAAGAGCACUCUUUGCUAUCUGCUUCGUCUGAUGUGGGCAGCGAAGAUAAAGCCAGCUGCUCCGAGUCUUUGGCUUCUCACAGAAACAUGGGAGCUUCAGACAUGAGUCUUAUGUAUGACUUUGCUGAGAUGGAAAAGUUAGCAGUAGUUUCUCUUUCUGCAGAUAAUAAUAUCCCAAUUCCGGAGAAGAGUGGACAGAAAUUCUCGUCGAAUUCCAGCUCAGCAAUACGUAAAGUUAUUGAGCUUGUCGAAGGAAUAAAUAUACCAUCUCAAGACAGUGAUAUUGAUAAGCUUUUAUCGACUAAGAAUUCAGAGAAAAACCCAACGGGCUAUGUGGUUCGAGUUUUCCAAUGGAAAAGUGACGAGCUUUCUGCCACCUUGCAAAGAUUCGUUCGAACUUGCAAUGAUUUGUUGAAUGGAAAGGGUGAUUUUGAACAGUUUGUUGUCGAAGUAGCUUCCAAUUUGGAAUGGGUUGUGAAUCACUGCUUCUCCAUGCAGGAUGUUUCGUGCAUGAAAGAUGCAAUAAGGAACCGUUUGGAUUGGGAUGAAUCGGGAAGUGAGAGUGAGGUAGAUAGUGGAUCGGCUGAUAACUCUGUAGAGAAUAAUACAAGCCAACGAGAUAUAAUUGAGGAUCUUAACUCAGAGAUGGAAACCGUGAAGCAAUUCGAGGGCAAAAAUGGAAACCGUGUCGAAAAGGAAAAAACGACGAAAGGAGAGCUCGAGAAUCAGUUUAUGGACUCUAAUCAUGAACAGGGAAAAUCUUACGAUAAUGUUUUGUAUUUAGAACAUGAUCUGGAAAAUAAAGAUAACUCUUGUGAAAGACUGGAAGAAACUUGCUACGACUUAAAUAAGCAGCUCAAAAGCGAGGAAGUUCUCGAUAACGGAAGCCAGUGGGAAAAGCAACUCCAAAAUGAUUGGGAGAUAACAGUAGCUUCAGAAAAACUGGCCGAGUGCCAAGAAACGAUCCUGAAUCUCGGGAAGCAAUUGAAGGCAUUGGCUUCACCUAGCGACGCAGCUCUCUUCGAGAAAGUCAUAAAUACCCCUGAUGCUGACUCCGUUAUUACCACCGCUUCAACUCCUCAGAAAAAAAUUAGCCAUCGAUCUUCUUCCCUACUGGAUAAAAUGCUAGCAGAUGAUAAUAAUAACAAUCAGCUAUUUCAUGCUUCUCCCGAAACCGAGAAAGAUAUUCAAAAUGCAAAUGACGAAAAGUUCACUAACAAAAGUAAAACGGGAGCUGCUGCUGCUGCUUCUAUGGACAUUGUUGUCCCUUGUAAGAGAAAUCGAGGCGGGAGUUUCUUCAAGAAGUUGUUUUGGCGGAGGAAGAAGGGUAAGAGCGGUAAGACAUUGUCUUCGUAAGUUGUUAUUUGACUUUUUACGAUAAUGUUUUGAUCCUAGAAUUGGUCGAUGAUUCAAUUAUAUAUGAUGUUCCUGUUUUUGCCUAGUAUGUGAAAUGGAGUUCUUAUUUUUAUUUUUAUUUUUAUUUUUUGUUUUGGCUUUCUUGUCCAUAUAUAUAGAGAGAGAUAGAUGCAGGAUUUGUGUGUAUCUUGGCUUGCUGUAAAUGCAACAAUGAACAAAAGAAAAAAAGUUUUAUUUCUU